GCAAAGUCGCGCUCUUAAUGCUACUAGUUUCCGGAUUGCAGAUGGAAUGAACAUAAGCCUUUUCUCCGCUAACAUAAUCCGCCUUUCGUGUGAAUAACUGAAAACUGAUCGUACGAUUUGUUUAUAGUACUGUAAGAACGAGCGUCCUUCGUCCAACUUCUAUUAAAACAAUUUAUCGCGCACAGUGUCAUUACUUGAUGAUGAUAACAUGUGGAGGAUCAGGAUUUGUUGGCUCAGCACUAACGUCCUUGCUUCGAACUAGAGGUUACUCUGUUACUAUAAUAUCACGAAUGCCAGGCCCACAGCGAAUGUCAUGGGGUGAUUUGGAGAAAAGUGGUCUUCCUGAUAAUACAACAGCAGUUGUGAAUUUAGCAGGGCAAAAUGUUCUAGACCCCACAAGGAGAUGGACACCUGGAUUUAAGCAGAAUGUUUGGUCAAGUCGUGUAAAUACUACACAGUCUUUAGCACAUUCAAUAACAAAAUCUGCCAACAAACCUAAAGUUUUUGUUACAAUAUCUGGUGUAGGUAUUUAUAAACCAAGUCCAUCAGAGGAAUACGAUGAAGAGAGUAGCGUAAAAAGCUUUGAUUUUUUGUCAGAAUUAUGUCACGAAUGGGAAGCUGCCGCAAAACUGCCAGCAGAUUCAGGUGUUCGUCAAACCAUAGUGAGAUCAGGUGUUGUCCUGGGAAGAAAUGGUGGAAUGAUAAAGCAGCUUUAUCUUCCAUUCUACCUGGGUUUAGGUGGACCUGUUGGUUCAGGAUCACAGUUCAUGCCAUGGAUUCAUAUUCAUGACUUAACAAAUCUACUUCUUUAUGCAAUUGAAAAUCCGCAGGUGACUGGAGUACUAAAUGGUGUUGCCCCACAGGUUGUCACAAACAAGGAAUUCACACAAGCCUUUGCUAGAGCACUGUGGCGGCCAGCUUUCAUCCCACUGCCAGAAAUGGUUUUGAAUUUGGCCUUCAGUGAAGACAGAGCAAAGAUGAUUACAGAGGGACAAAAGGUUAUUCCUAAACGGACCCUGUCCUAUGGGUUCCAGUAUAAAUUUCCUGACAUUGAGUCAGCUUGUAAAGAUAUUGUGAGCUCAAAAUAAUUUUGAAAAUGAAUGUUCAGUUAUUAGACUGGCUGUAAUUAAAAGUGUCAUUUCCUACA